AUGAGUACGACGUAUACGAGCAGUCCUGGUCUGUCCCUUUUUCCCCCCCAGCAAUACGGUCGGGUAUCUUCGAAUGCAUUCGACGAUGAGGCUCUGGUCUGCGCUUCUCCCAUGCCUCUUGGGUAUUACACUGGCAACGGAGGAGGAAUCUGUAAGCCGCGGAUCUUGUCUUCUAGAUGCAGAUGUCACGCGGCUGGUCCAAGGAUUCAAAGCCAUCAUCUCGCAGAAUCCGGUAAAUGGAAGUCUCGCGGCGGAGAUCAUAGCGGACAACUUCACCAGUAUAUCCGAUAGUGUCAAUUUCGUCGAUGGACUUCCGGUAUGUUGAGCGGAUGUUUUGUGAGGCUCGAGGCGUGGAGUCAUACGCUGAUGGAGCUUUGACAGCUGAAUACCACGAUGACCCGUACUCGAGCCGAGCUCCUGGAGCAAGAGAAGAAACUUCCAGCCGUAGCAACCGUGACCGAUCUCUUCAUUGCGAAUACCUGUGAUGUAGUCACAUGGUAUUUCGAGUUCGGUACGAUACCCUUGGCAACCCGAGGCAUUGCGAUUCUGUUUGUGGACCUUGCUACCAAGAAGAUCUGGAAGGCGUACCGUGAGGUGAAUGUCGGCGCAGUUUUGACAAACCAGGGCAACCCAGAGUGCAAGUCGGAUUUCUCCGUCAGCACUGGCAAGGAAGGUGUUUGGCCAACUUCCUCGAGCUGUCGCGCAACAUGCCAACCGCGGGGCUACUGA